AUGUUUGAAGAAAAGAUUUCAAAAUUCGAGCAAAACUGUAAAAUGGAUGAUGCGUGGAUUUUCGAGCUUUGCACAGGGGACACGGUGAUUAUUGCGGCAACGAGCGAGAAUGUUCUCGAAAUUCAGUGCACUGAGGCGAAAUUUCUCCAGGGCGCCCGAAGCUCUUUGAUUGGCUUCUUCGAGAAACUGAAUGCAAUAUUGCCAGUUAUGAGGCCCGAGCUGCAAGACACUCAAGGAGUUUCAGAAGAAUCAAAAGAAGAACCAGAGUCAAUCAAAGUUGAAAAGACGGAACCUGUUUCUGAAAAGUUUACAAUCACGAAACGGCUUGGUGGUGGUGCAUACGGUGAUGCGCAUCUUUUAGAGAGCGAGAUCAGAAAGAUUGUGAUGAAGACAUUCAAAAGCUACGACGAUUAUCUAUCACUGACCACUGAAUUGAUGAUAAUGAAAGCUCUUUGCCAUGCGAACAUUGUUCGCUAUCUAGAGGUGCCGGAUGGUUUCGAGUCACCGGACGACUAUUGCAUUUUCACUGAAUACUGUGCUCAUGGAUCGUUGCGUGAAGUUUUAAAGAACCCAACGAUCACGUACACGGUGGCAACGAUAGCUCUUUGGUCGGAGCAUCUAUUCUCUGGACUCUUUCAUUUGCAUUUCAAGAAUUUAGUACAUUGUGAUUUAAAGCCAGAGAAUAUAAUGAUCGCAAAGCAUUUUGUUCUGAAAAUUGGAGAUCUUGGUAGUGUGGCAGAGCUUCCACGCGGUGAACCGAUGCAAUUAUUUAGACCAGGAACCCCCGGUUACAUAACGGCUGAAGCUGAAAAUGGAUUUGUUGAUUUCAACAAUGAUAUCUACAGCUGUGGCAUCAUUUUGUGGGAAAUCGUGGAGCGGAGAAAAAUGGUUUAUGGGAAACGAGCCGAAGAGAUCGUGCUCAGCAGCUGUCCAAUUGUGCUUGAAGAGCAGAUAAAGAAUUGCUGUGCCUUGGAUGGAGCAAAAAGGCCGAAUGCGAAAGAAGCGCUCGAGUUUGCGAAACUGCUGAAAAUGCACUUCGUCGAGUUCUCGGAUUUGCCUAGAAUCACUCCAGAGAAUGAGAAUAGUGUUUUGAUGAAAGCGAUUGGUUUAGACGGAACGGAAAAUUUUUGGCCUGUGGAAGAUAAUGGAAAACUUAAGUCAACAACGGAAGAUGAAAUCUGGAUUAUCGAUGCGGAUUUAUCAGAGUGCGGGGAAAGCUCUGUGCUGGGUUCUUCACAUUUUCACGAUUCUAAGCAACAAAGCGAUGAGAAUCAUGUUCAACAUUCUAGAAAACAAAAUAAUCUGAACGAAGUUGUCGAGAACAAUCCCGAGCUUGGCUUUACAUCUAUGUCAGUCCCCGAUGCCACAUUUUUUUCAAAUCCAAAAACAGAACAAUAUCAAGCAAAGGAUACAACUGUGGAAUUGAUCAAAAACGCUUGGACUUCAAUAAAAGAAAGACUCGAAAGUGAAACAAUUUUCGAUGAAACGUUUAAAAAGAACCCAUUUGAUUCUGAGCUUCAAGGACCAGGAAUUGAUGAUCGAUCGAGAAAAGAGCUUGCAAGAGAGCUUCUGAAAGAAUUUGAACAACUCUCAGAGCCUGAAAAAAGGCAAAUCGAGAGAAAUGGGGCGGAUGAGUGGUUGAGAGUUGAGUUCGAGUUGGAGAAUUGCUUGACGGGGUACAUCAAGCGAGACGGAUCUGAUGUGAUGCAGAACAUGAACACAAUCCUCGUUCCACAGAACAAAGAAGUCCGUCAACCGAUGGACACCGAAACGUUGAGAACGGAGUUGAAUGAGAAGAAAGCCAGAAUUCAAUACUACGAACGGGCAAAACAGGCUGAAUCCCGGGCAACCGAAUAUCGAAAUCAAGAUGACCCAGUCAAAUUGGUCGAAUUCCACGAGCGGGAACAGGCAAAUUGGAAAACGUUUUGGGAGAAGAUUGAGCUCAUCGAAAUGCAAUUG